AUGGAGUUGGAUAAACGAGGUUCAGCAGUGGAUGGGAUGGUGUUGUCAUUUGGCCAGACACAAAAUGAUGAAGAAGCGAUGCGAGUGAUGAUGGUACCAACUGUUGAUGAACCCGAUUCU